AUGGCUACCGUUAACGGAACACGAAACAUCGAGGAUGAAUUGGCAUUAUUCGAGAAGGAAAUAUCAUCACUGGAGGCCCCGAAGAAGUCUCCUGAACCAGUGAACGCUGUCAACGUUGAUGUCUCACCAGCUACGUCAAAAUCUGAUGCGCAAUCAGUUGGACCGAAUGCCCCUGCUGCACCGCUUAUAGCUGGUCCAAUUUUGCCUAAUCAAACCGGAGGUACGUCACGUCCGGAAAUGCCCUCUGCGCCUGGCUCAACUCCAUCGAUACGCAGUGUCCCGCCAUUCCUACCGCAUGUGAUGAUGCGUCCUGGUUUUUUACCACCACCCAACGUCGCAAUGCGUUUCUUACCACCGCAGUUGAGGUUACCGCUGCCACCAUUUGCACGACCGCCAAUGCCAAUUCCAGUAGCACCGCAGCCAGCUGUUCUUGAAUCAGGACCGAGUUUAUACGAUGACAACGAGAAGAAAAAAGAGGAUAAUGAGGAGGAAAAAGAACCUGAACCUAGUCAAGGAGGUUCCAUCAAAACUCAGGCAUUAUCGUCGGACGUAGAGUUGCUCGCGCAAAAAAAGCAAAACGAAGCAGCCAAUCGCUCAAGUUAUUUGGGUCAGGUGAUCCGAGGUGAAAAGAAAAUGAAACGAUUCAUGCGAUGCGGUGGUGGUCAGGUAUGGGAAGACAAUUCGUUAGCGGAAUGGGAUCCGAACGACUUUCGUAUUUUCUGCGGUGAUCUCGGCAACGAGGUUUCUGAUGAACUGUUGGCGAAGGCGUUCCGUAAAUAUCCGAGUUUCCAGAAGGCAAAAGUUAUCCGUGAAAGUCGAACCAACAAAUCAAAAGGAUACGGUUUUGUCUCAUUCAAACAUCAAGAUGAUUUUGUUCGUGCAUGUCGUGAAAUGGAUGGCAAAUAUGUGGGGAAUCGACCGAUUAAGUUGCGUAAAAGCAAUUGGAGAGAGCGAAAUAUGGAUACGGUGAGGAAGAAACAAAAACAAAAGCAUCGACUCGGUUUAGCAUAA